GAAAUGCAUUGUGGGUCUACUGCUGAGGUUGUUAGCCGACUUGGUGAACUAGCAGCAGAUACCAGUUUGUCACUUCUCAGCCAAUGUCCAGUUGUCUUUGAAUGAAGCUCAUGAUAAGACAAAUUAGUAGCGGAUGAUGGAUUCCCCGGAAGCAGAGGCUUCAGCCCACAGUGAGACAAGAGGUGACACCACACCAAGCACAUCAAAUACAUCAGGUCAAGGAGAAGAUGGACCAAAGCCAAAGAAGGCAGCUUUAAAGAGGACCACUGGUAACCCUACAGAUGCCAAAACCAAGAAGCGUAAAAAGGCCAGAGUCUCCAGGCCUGCCCAGCUUGGCUACACUGUCCAUCAAGGGGAAGAUAUGCUUCUCGUCAUUUCGAGUUCUACCUCUCAGUAUGAUGGUUCCGCCUGGACUCCCCCAAAGAAGGGAAGCAAAAAGAAGAAGAAGCUAACUAAAGGAAAAGUGAAAGCUAGUCAGAUUAAGAAAAAAAAGACAGUCCGUGCCAAGCCUAAAGUGGAUAAUAGUCCUGUUGCCAAGGAAAAAGAGGACGCUGAUUUGUUUGUGCCAAAGGGAGCAGCAGACAAUAGAUGGGGUCAAAGUCUUCCUGAGGAGGUGCUAGUCAAUAUAUUUCAGAUGGUUGUCGUACAAGAUGGUGCUGUACCAUUUCUAUGCAGGGUGGCAAGAGUAUGUCAUCUGUGGAACGCCGCUGCCUCCAGUCCAGUCCUGUGGCGCAAAGUGACUGUAGGUCACUGCUGGAUUGCACCAGGGAAAAGCCAGCUACCUAAAACUGAGAAGAAGGUUAAGGACACGUUCAGCUGGCUGGCACAGAACAGAUUCUCUCGCCUACGAGACUUCUCUCUCUGUCACUGGACAAAGAAUGUUACCUAUGCAGUAGAGGUCGUGUCGCAGUACUGCCCCCACCUUUGCUCCCUCAAGCUCUCCUACUGUACAGGUCUGACAGCAACAGCCUUCCACAGCCUUGGUCUGCACAGCCGGUCUCUGCAGAGCAUGAAUCUCCAGUAUUCAGAGUUUCAGGUUGAGGGACUCCUGGAGUACCUUGAAAAUCAUGGGAGCCAGAUCAAGCAGAUGUUGUACACUCAUGGACUAAAGAGUGACAGACUUCUGAAUGCCAUCACCAGGGGAAACUGUCCUGAUUUGGAGUUGUUGGAGGUCAACACAAAACUCGACAGUAAACAUUGCGAACUUCCCAUUUGCAUCCAGGCACUACAGAUGGCAUGCCCUAAACUCAAGACCUUCCGUAUGCUGAAUGUCAGACCUCUGCAUAAGAUGAUGCGUAGUGGUGCCGAUUCAACUUCAGGCUUCCCGUUACUGGAGGAAUUGUGCAUUGCAACUGCCUCUUUUUCCUACAUGACAGACAAAGAUCUGUGGGACAUCCUCUUCGGCUCCACCAGGCUGCGGGUGCUGGACCUGCGAGGUUGUUCUCGAAUCACACCAUCCGGUCUCGCAGCAUUACCCUGUCCUGAGCUUGAGUGUCUGUUCUGGGGACAGUAUUUCAACAGCAAUGUUGGGUUGUCAUCAACUAAGAAGGGGCUUCAUAUGGUGACCCAGAAAUGGAGUCGAACACUGCAACAGCUUGACAUUGCAAAUCAGCUCUUCACUGAGGAGGACUUGGAGAUAGCAAUGAGUCACCUUGCACAUGCCACAGAGCCAGAUACCUUACGUUCACUCAACCUGAGUGGGACCAGGAUCACACCAUCUGCCCUGAGGCCAGUCAUCGGCCAUAUGACUGCUCUAAACUACCUCAACCUUUCAUCCUGCCGUUAUCUUCCGAGAGGGCUGAAGAGAAUUUACCGUGGCCAGGAAGAGAUUCGCCAGCUGCUGGACGGAUUGGAGUAGUUGUCAUAUUCAUUUGGUUCAGGAAAUCGUAAACUAAAUUUGCAAGACAUAUGUGGAUGUCUUUAAACACACCUCUUUGUGGAAUAGCUUCUUUAAGUAAUGUUGAUAUUCUUACCACAGGUGCUUUUGUAAAUGUUGUAUUAUAUGUAUACAGUUCACAGAAAACAGGCAGUUCAUGCAAAAGCCCUCCUUACUGUGCUAGAAGGCAGAAACCAAGGGUUGGGAUCCAGUUGAAGAACCUGCUGCUGCUCUAUUAAGGGGGAAUGUCACCUAAAUUAAGAUUUCCAAUAUGUUGUCUUCAUGGUCUAGAAAAGGUUCAUCAGUAUUUGUGAGCAUGAGCUACUCUCUCUCAAAGCCAGAAACCAGAGAAGUAAGUCUCAAACUUGUGAUGCCAUUAAGUAAAAAGUCUGGAGCUGCCCAUAGACAAUGAAUGGGAGUCUUAUUUUGUUGACCCACAGAAUGUUUUUCUUUUUUAUAACCAUAUAAGCUUUCAUCUGUUGUAGUGUUUUCAGUUGUGAAACAGAAAUUGUACCCAUAUACUCAGAACAUUUACCUGGGUCCUCAACAGCUGGUCUGCAACCCUUAGGUGGUCCUCGGAGUGACUGAAAGGGGGGUGCCAAAUUAUUGUAUUAGUGUGAUCUUUUUUUUUUAAUGAAAAUAUGUCUGAAAAUACACAUUAAUACAAAUCCAACAAACUUUGCCUUUUGCAAAAACAUACCUUUGUGGAACUUGAUUUUCCUUUCUCAACUACCUGAAAAUCUAAUUCAGAUCAAAACAGCAGCCCGGAGCUGAUAUGGCCCUCUGCCCGCCACCCUCCAUCCACCCUUGGAAAGACAAGCUGUGCGCCACUGACCAGGGUCAGGUAUCUCACUAAGGUAGUCAUCCACAGAUAUUGCUAAGCUUAAGGAUUCACGAUGCCUCCACACAUGUUUACCAUCAAAAAAUUAUGUAUAAAUGUAUGAAUUUGUCAAUAAUUAUUUUAAUGGCUUAGUAUUGUACUUCAGGCAGAUAUUUGUUAUUGUAGGCCCAAUAUAUGUAGCAGUGGGUCCCCUGCUCUUAAACAUCAUUCCCAAUUCAUUUCAUGGAGCAGCUAUAGACUUUGUAAUUGAUGACAUUAAAAAUUUGAGUUUUAGCACUCCCGUUUUCAAAUGUGGGUGAGAGUUGUUCAUGUUACCAAUAUUUUUGGACUAUCUUAGGCUAUAAAAAUAAUGUAUUCAUUUUGAGGAAAGAGCAGUGACUACAUUGAACUUGAGGGGUGACAUUGGCAUGUUGGUUGAAUCACCUUAACUAUAAACCUACAGGGACUUUCAGUUGUGUGUACCAGGACUUAUUGGAUGCAAUUUAUAACUCUUUUAUAUUUUUUACACCAUGUUACAGUAAUUCAGACAAAACUUUGUAAAGAAAUAUUUGAAAUUGAAAAUAAAUGUUC